AGUUAACAGCAGCUGCUGGAAAGCUCCUCCUUGAGGGAGGAGAGAAGACCUCAUUGAUUUUUUAAGAAUAACUUCACAACACCCAACCAAAGCGGGACUGGUGCUGCUGUAGGAAGGGUCUGCCCGUGAGAGAUGUAGGCGUGGCCCCCAGGGCUUUGCUGGAUCAUGUUUUCCUGUCGCUUGCCCUUGUGGAGGUUCAGUGCCACCUGCAAGUUGCGGCAGUCAGGACACUUUGUGCCUUGGGACAGCUGCCAAAUGCUGACUAUUAAAGGAAUCAACACCACGGUGGGGCAGGAGCAACAGGCCGGCCUGAAGGGAAAACAAGUGUUAGAAGAUCUGGAAAUGCACCUGGCAAGGAGUGAAACAGAGGCCCUCUUCCAUGAGCAGCCUGAGACUGGGAACCCGUACUUGGAAGACACUUUUCUUCGGAGUUACUUGAAAACACACCUUCCUCCCAAGGUCCUGGAGGAGGUGCAUCAGGACCUGGAGAGGUUUGGAAGCCGCCUGCAUAGCAAGAUCCAGCCCCUGAGCCGGGAGUGUGAGCUGAACCCCCCCGUGUUCCGGCAGUACGAUGCCUGGGGGCAGCGCGUGGAUCACAUCCACACCUGCUCGGCGUGGAGGAGGAUGAAGGAGAUCUCAGCAGAAGAAGGGCUGAUUGCUGAGGCCUAUGAGAGAAGAUACUCCAACUGGAGCCGCCUGUACCAGGCUGUCAAACUGUACUUGUUCUCAAGCUCCUCUGGAGGUUUCAACUGUCCACUGGCCAUGACUGAUGGGGCAGCCAAAGUCAUUGAGUCACUGGGUAUUCCUGGAUCUCUGAAAAACGCUUUUGACCGUCUGACAACCCGUGACCCCCAGCAGUUCUGGACCUCUGGCCAGUGGAUGACUGAGCGAAGGGGUGGCUCAGAUGUUGCAAAUGGCACUGAGACCCUGGCCAGGAAGCAGCCGGAUGGCUCCUAUCGCCUGUAUGGAUUUAAAUGGUUCACUUCAGCAGCUGAUUCUGAUAUGACAUUAACCCUGGCUAGAAUAGUAAAUGCUGAAGGACAGUGUACCCAGGGCUCCAGAGGCCUGUCCCUGUUCUUCCUGAGGGUUCGGGAUGAGGAGGGGAAGCUGAACAACAUCCAGGUGCAAAGGCUGAAGGACAAGCUGGGCACGAGGCAGAUGGCAACAGCAGAGCUGUGGCUGCAAGGAGCCAGAGCAGAGCUGAUCUCUGCAGAGGGCCGUGGAGUGGCUGCCAUCUCCAACAUGCUGAACAUCACUCGGAUCCACAAUGUCAUUGGUGCAGUGGCUUCCAUGAGAAGGAUGAUGAGUCUGAGCAGGGACUACGCCCGCAAGCGCGUGGCCUUCGGGAAGCUGCUCAAGGACCAUCCCCUGCACAUGCAGACAAUAGCCAGAAUGGAGGUGCAGGUGAGAGGGGCAUUUCUGCUGCUUAUGGAGAUUGUUCACCUGCUGGGCCUGGCUGAAACCAACCUGGCGAGUGAGCAGGAGCAGCUGCUGCUGAGGCUGCUGGUCCCAGUGGCCAAACUGUACACAGGAAAGCAGGCUUCUGCCGUGGCUGUUGAGGCAAUGGAGAGUUUUGGGGGCCAAGGUUACAUGGAGGACACAGGCUUGCCAGUCAUAGUCCGGGAUACUCUGGUGCUGUCCAUAUGGGAGGGAACAACCAACAUCCUGUCCCUGGAUGUGCUGCGAUCCCUUAUCAAGAGCCAAGGGCAGGUGAUGGCUGUGUUCCUGUCCACAGUGCAGAAAAAGCUGGAGCUGGCUUCAGGCACCGAGGAGCUGUCCCCAGCUGUGCAGCAGACACGGGAAGCCAUCGGGAGGCUCCAGCAGUUCCUGGCGGGGGCGGGCUCGGAGCAGGCACUGACCAUGGAGCUGGCGGCCAGGGACUUCUCCUACAGCCUGGCACGGAUCUACACAGGAGCUCUUUUAAUGGAACACGCUGCUCGUCCUGACGCUUGCUCUACAGACGUGUGCGCUGCCCUCAGGUGGUGCAACCAGGAGCUGUGUCCGGUGGCCGUGGAGUCCGCGAGGGGCAGCUACGGGCGCGGGGCAGCGCUGCAGGACAGCGCGCUGGUGCUCGGGAGCAGCCGCCUCUGAGCGCCCCCAGCCCGGACACCAGUGCUGACCAUGGACCUCCACCCUUGGAUGGGGUUUUCUCCAGGGCCAGCCCUUUCCACCCACCGUGGCUGUGAGCAUUGACUUCCUCAGGAACUGAGACUUUCUGAAGAAAAAAGGGAUUUUUAUUCUUUCUGGCCUCCAAAAUGGUGAUUAAUUCCCUAUGCAUGUGUCCAUGAUGUCUAAUGAUGCUGCAAUCCAUCCUGACAUAAAUUCUACAGAAGUUUUGGACUGAAAUCCAGUAAUUCUGCACCUAAGCAUUGGCUGUGGGCUUCUUUCCCUCAGCCCAUCAGUUGAUCUGCUUGGUAUUGCCCUGCUGGCUACAAGUUUUUAAUUAAGAAGUUGCUAAUAGAAGAAGAAAAGCAGUAAUAGACCAAAGACAGCUGGAAUUUAUAGCUGGGAAAUGCUACAGCAGCCAGACACUGAGUGGGAAGAGGGGGAAGGAGCUGUUUGCUGAGCAUGGAGUUGUUCAGAGUUUCAAAGAUGGCAGAGCCAGGAGGACACAAAGGUGGCUCUGGGGAGGAGCAGAGUGGAGCAAUCCCAACAGGACAUUGCAAGGGAGGCUCCAUGGGAUCCCAGGCUGAGCCAAGCAAAGCUUCCCUGAAGUCACCCAAACCAGCCCCAGCAGCAAAGGGCUUCUGCUGUCUGUGCAUUGCAGGGAAUAAAGAGCACUUGGCUCUGGAAAAUCUCUUACAUCACAGAAUCACAGAGUCAUGGAAUGGGUUGGGAUGGAAGGGACCUUAAAGCUCAUCCAGUGUCACCCCUGCCAUGGCAGGGACACGUUCCACUGUCCCAGGCUGCUCCAAUCCCAAUGUCCAGCCUGGCCUUGGGCACUGCCAGGGAUCCAGGGGCAGCCACAGCUGCUCUGGGCACCCUGUGCCAGGGAACAAUUCCUUCCCAAUAUCCCACCCAGCCCUGCCCUCUGGCAGUGGGAGCCAUUCCGUGUCCUGGCACCUCUGUCCCUGCAGUUUGGUGUCAGAGAUCUCACAGGCCCAAUGCACAGGAGCUGCUGAGCCCUGUAAAGCUCAGGAGAACAGGAAAGGGUUCAGGGAGCAGUGCAGGGCUCUGAGUGACCAUGGCAGAACAUCCACCCCCAGAUGUGCCCCUGGGUCCCACAGCAGGAGAAGGAUGUGACCCAGGAGGGAAAGUCCACGUGCUGGAAGUGUCUGCAGAGCUGAUCAACACCUGGAAUCCCCUGCUGUCCCUAAGGGCUCCUCUCCACCUGCUGCCAAUCCAGGCUUCCCCUCUUCCCAGCCUGUUUUAUAUUUCUGAAAACCAAGAUUAAUUUUUUCCUCAUUUAUGAGUUAUAAUUUGCCUACAAAUAAGCCCCUCAAACUGGGAGCUCUGCAGAUUUACCAACAAGGAGAACAAGGGACUAUGAACUCAUCACUGUGUAGGAAAAUGACAAAUUUAUUAAGAUCUAAAUAUUCACUCUGAGGCUACAGUGGAAUAAAGGCUGUUACACACAUGAGGGUCUGGCACUUCCAGUGCUGCUGAACAGCUCUGCCCUCAGAGCUUGGCAUGGUUUCAAAUAUUUCAUGUGCUUCAAGUAAGUAAUUGAAACUUCAGAUGUCAUUUUAAUAUAAAUCCCGUCCAAAAGGAGGAUAAUCAAACCCAUUUCCUGCUGCCACAGCAAGGCCUAAAAAUCAUUUUGUGACAGAGCUGUGGGAAAUCAGUUUAAAACCCAGAUUUGUUAAAUAAUAAAAUCAAACUUUAGCAGCA